UCUCCUGGGAGUGACCGUCUCCUGGGACUCCUUAGCCUGCAGCGGCUGCCUUUUUUGCAUGAAGACCCAAAAAGAGGAAGUUAGCAGGGAGAGGAAGUCACCAGUGCUAUCUUAUAUCCUGACUCAUCCCUGUGGCAGCCACAACAGCUUGCUGUCUUCAGCAGUCUCUGCUUCACUGGGCUACUGCCUGUUGGGAGCCUGCCCCAUGGAGUGUCCUGUGAAGGAUGGGAUCCUGUAUGUCCAACAUCUCAAAUUUGGGAAGAAGAUUUGGAGGAAAGUGUGGGCCCAGCUCUUUGCUGAUAGCCCCUCUGGUGUUGCACGGCUCGAGUACUUUGAGACACGUGAAGGUGUCGCAGCAGAGAAGGCAACCCUGCGCAAGGGUGAAUGCAAAGUGAUCCGCCUCUCAGACUGUGUCUCUGUGGAACGGGCUGGCGAACACAGCUCACCCAAGGACUCAGCACCCUUCUACUUGCGCAUGAUGGCACGCAACUACAUUAUGGCAGCAGAUGAACCAGAUGACUGGAUAGAGUGUGUCUGCCAACUGGCUUUUCAGAGAACGCCUGCUUCAUCGAGCACAAUAGGUGAUACUCCCAAGUUAAAACCCCCAAUGGAGGAGAAUGUCAUCUACUCAUCCUGGCAGGAAACAUGUGAGUUCCCAGUCGUAGUGUUCCAAACAGAGGCGUCUUCCAGGUGUCACCUGAAAGGAAACUACCUGCUGGUGACUUUAUCCGAAUGCCUGGAGCUGAAGGACUCCCAGUCUGGACAGACUCUUUAUACCUGGCCUUAUGCCCUCCUCCGUAGAUUUGGCCAGGACAAGACCGUGUUUUCUUUUGAGGCAGGGCGCCGCUGCGAUUCAGGAGAAGGUCUCUUUACUUUUAACACCAUUCGGGCUGCAGAGAUCUACAGAGUUGUCUCAGCUGCCAUAGACCACCAAAAAGCCACUCUUCUUGAAGCAGAAAAGAAACCUGGGAUUUUACCAGCUCAAGACUGUAUGCAGAAAGUGGGAGUCUGGUCAUGGCCCACCACCACAGAGAGCCUGGAGGAGAUGCAAUCACUGUAUGCAGAAACUCCAAAGGGGACAGUGGAAACGGGAUUCCCAAUUGUGCAUAAGGAUAGCCGCUCGGUUUCCCCAGAGAAGGAGACUUCCGAGCCACCCAUCAUCUAUGCCUCUAUUGGCAAGAGUUUAUUCCAGCCCUGGGCUGAGAUAGUACCCAAGGAGCAUGGAGAUCAGCUCUCAGACCAUCUUUAUGAGAACCUGUGUUCUCGAGAGCAACAUACCUUCGCUCCAAGUUCUCCUAACUUCACCUACAGAGAUUCAUUGGAGGGUAGGAAUAAUGAUCCAUCACCCAUCUAUGACAACAGUCCUGUAACAAGAACACGCUCAAUUAGUUAUUCUGGCAUGAGCCCCAGUACAGAGGCUGAUUCUUCCUCAGAAAGCCAGUGCCACCACUUGCUGCUUUGUCAGGCGACGGAGGGCAGAGGGGAAGGGGAAGGGGAAGCCCUGGUGAAUGCUAAGCCCAAGACUAGAGGAGCUGGUGGUUUGAAGCACAAGUUGGUCUCCUUGUUGAGCAGAGAUGGAGGAGUCCCGAAGGCAUCCAGCAGGAGUAUUAGUCCUGUGGACAAGUUGUAAUGAACCCUUCAGCUG